AUGUCCGACCCACGUCAAGAAGAGUUCGAUGCUACCCACGCCUAUUUCAUCGGGCCUAAGGGCUCCAACCUUCCAGAUUUCCGGGCAAAUAUCAACACCAUCCUGGAUGAGCUACUCGUUGCCAGGCAAAGUUAUUAUCCUGAGGAUCGGGCCUUCAUCCCCAAGGAAGUCCGCCGCUCGGAAAAGUUCCUGAAGGCGAGAACUAACCUUCGACUUGCCACCGAAAAAGUCGCACAGCUGCUAGGCGAGCACUCGGCGCCCUUCUGGUCCCCUCGAUAUGAAGCCCACAUGUGCACAGACCUCACCAUGUCGUCCCUACUUGGAUACUUCAUGACCAUGCUGUACAACCCCAACAAUGUCGCCCUCGAGGCCAGCCCCAUGACCACUCUGGUUGAGCUGCGAGUCGGCCAGCAACUCUGCAAGCUGUUUGGGUACAACAUUGACGAAUUCAAGUCUCCGCUGGCGUGGGGACACAUCACCUGCGGAGGCACUGUUGCAAACCUGGAAUCGAUCUGGGUCGCACGAAACCUCAAGUUCUAUCCUCUGAGUCUCCAACUCGCACUGGGAGCGAAGGGAGCGGAGGGAAAGCUUAGAUUCAUCGCCAAAGAGUUCUAUGCACCCUCGAGCCACCCCGCGCCCAGAAAGCUGUUCACAGACCUGAGCACGUGGGAGCUGCUCAACCUCCGACCCGACGUCAUCCUAGACCUCCCAAAAGAACUGGAGAAGCAGUUUGGAAUCACGUCUCAGUUCUUGGAGAGUGCCCUCAAUGAGUUCAACAUCCAGACAGUUGGUCGCGAGUACCUUGAAAAGAAGUUUGAAAUUGAGGAACCGGCCAAGUACUUCGUCAGCAAGACUCGCCAUUACUCCUGGCCGAAAGGAGCAGCGAUUGCUGGUCUUGGUUCAAAGAACAUGAUCGGAGUCGACAUCAACAACGGCGCUCAGAUCGACAUUGCCAAGCUCAGGAGCCACCUUGACAAAUGCGUUAAGGACGAGACUCCUGUCUACGCUGUUGUGGCCGUAAUUGGAUCUACAGAAGAGGGCUCCGUGGACAGCUUGACUGAGAUUCUGGAGCUGCGAAAGGAGUUCCAGGAGAAGCACGGUCUUUCGUUCCUUGUCCAUGCUGAUGCUGCUUGGGGAGGCUACUUUGCCACCAUGGUCAAUCGGGAAAAGCACUGCAGCACUCUGGAUGAGGGCUCCAAGAUCAAGAAGCCCGAGCCAGAGUGGUACUUGGAUCCCAAAGCCGCCGCAGACCUCAGAGCUAUGGAGAACGCAGAUUCCGUGACGGUGGAUCCGCACAAGGCUGGUUACAUCCCAUAUCCAGCGGGCAGCUUGUGUUACCGAGACGGCAGAACGAGGCACCUUGUGACGUGGUCUGGUCCCUAUCUGUCUCAAGGAUCUGCCGAGAACAUUGGCGUCUAUGGAGUCGAGGGCAGCAAGCCUGGUGCUGCAGCCAUGUCUGCGUGGUUUUCCAACACCACCAUCGGCCUGAACCCUCAUGGUUACGGCAGGCUACUUGGUGAAGCGGCCUUUACGAGCGCUCGGCUAUCCGCUCAUUGGGCAACCAUGGACAAUGACUACUUCAUGUGCGUGCCCUUCAAUAUGCUGCCCGCCGAGAAGGGAGGCGACAGAAGUUUCUUCUCGGCUCCCGUCACGAACCAGAGGCAAAAGAUCAAGGAUCUCAUCGUCGACAAGAGCGACGAGGAAAUCUUCAACUCUCCCGAGGCAAUGAAGCUGAUCCGUGACCUCGGAUCGGAUCUCAACAUCAACGCCUUUACACUCAACUGGAAGUACGGCGAUGACAAGAAGACACUCAACACAGACUUGGAGGAGGCAAACUACUUCAUGAAGAGGAUUGUCGACAGACUUUCCAUUACCGCCGCCGACACCGACCCUACCAAGAUCCCCAUCUUCUUGACUUCGACAUCCUUCUUGCAUGAGGACUAUGGCAACUGCGCCAAGACUUUCAUGAAGAGAAUGGGACUCCAGGAGUGCGACCAGAGUCUGUUUGUCUUGAGAAACGUCGUCAUGAGCCCAUUCCCGACUCAGAACAACUUCCUUAAGUCGCUGAUGAAGGAGUUGGAGGAUGUGAUAGUGGAUGAGGCCAAGGCCUGCCGAAAGAGAAACACGCCUCGCGAGAAGCAAAUCCAGUUUCUCGUGCAGGGGUCUCCCACCGCCUCCGAGGUGUUCCUGGUAUUCAAGGCAUCGUUCCAUGGCAUCUCCAGACGGCAGCAGGUUAUCCUUUCAGCCACACUGGACGACAAAUUGAAGGAGUCCUACGAAAAGUUGCUGAACGAUGGACGAGACAUCCCUGUCAUGCUAGAGACCGACGACAAAUUCUUCAUUGAGGAUGUUGUCCAAAAGAUCGGCACCUCAGAGGUUGAUGGGAUCUCGGUCCGCAUGUUCGAAAAGGGCACACGCAAAUACAACCCCAUGCAGGGGACCGUAAGCUUCAAGUCCGUUAUCAAGAGCCGACCUCUGAACUCUCCUUACCGCGACCCUGACUACCCAUCCGAGUUCAUGCCAUUCUAUCUGUAUGGUACAGAGAAGGAAAUGCACAUUACCCAUGUGCUUGUCAAGUCCCCCAACAUCUGUCUCUCCGCCGGCAACGUAAAGUUCGAGUCCAGUCUCGACCCUUCAGUCUCAAGGCUCCUGGGAGAGGGCUUGAUUCUCGGUUUGACCGAAAAGCCCGAGAACUCGAUGCAGCCAUUUGCCACCAAGAACAAGAACCUUGGUGACAAGUUCUUCUUCAGCCCCAACAAGGAGUUUGCCGUCAAGAUUUGGAAGGACCCGAAGGGCACCAGUGCCGCUGGACCUGGACUGCUUUCAGGCUUGGGCGAACCCAUCUACGAUGGCUUGAUGACGCUGGGAGAAAACGUGUUUGUGGACGUUGAGGGGCCGAAUGAGGAUAAGCAUUACGAGAAGAAGCCUGUGUCGGAUUCGUGGCAGAAGAAGCUGGAUGAGAUUGGAAGCAUGUUGGACGGCACACACGUCCACAACCACUGA